AGGUAUUAAUUUAACAAUUUAAUGACUAAAAUGAAAUUUACUUUAGAGGUACCACUAAGUAAUUUUACAUUAUAUAUAACAAAUUAACAACUAGAAGUCUAAAACAAAACCCUAUCUGUUCCGUCUCUCAAAAUCUCUGCCUCACUCUUGAAGGAUGGUAAAGACGACGACGAUGGAGGACGAAGAUCGGGCGAUGGAGCCUCUUCUCCGCUUGCGAGCACAGAUAACGACUGAGAGGGGGAGCUUGUCAUCGUGGUCCUGUGGUUCGCCGACAACGGGUGAGUCAUCGAUGGAUUGCUGGUCGGAGCUUCGGAGGAGGGUGAAGCCGAAGAAGCGUGCGAGAGGCAGAUCCAGAGUUCCAGAUGGUCAGAAGUCAAAAACCGGUUCGAGCGGUUCGAAUGGUUAACCAUUUUAGCCGCUCCAAAACCGUAUGUUUUGACCGCCACGGGUUUUAGAGUGUUUCGAACUGACCUGACGCCCGGGUCCCGGUUUUAUCGACCGACCGGCUCGGGUCGGUCUUGACAACACUGGUUUAUACCCAUACCACCACAUACAAAACCUCCAUCAACUUCUCAUGAAGAGAUGCACUCUUCAAAUGAAGUUGAAACACACAAACACCAUCUUUAUUAAACUUGUGUUUAGAUACCCACUUGACUCGUUGGACCAGUGUCUUUCUUAGACUGCAUUUCAAAUUUCAUAGUCUGCCAACAAUUUUCUUCCUUACGUUGCUUUCCCAGCACACCAAGGAUCUUCUGCCUUCAAAGCAUAACUGUCAAGUAUGAGAUUCUCAUAUGCAAAAAAACCUGAAUACAGUCCAUAUCUUUUCGUUGUUUUGGAUGUCAGGGAAACAAUAUGGAGAAAAUAGAUUGAAGGCGUGAUUUUGAUCACUCUCCUUAGAGUGUUUAUUUGCCCCCACUACUUAGUUGCUGGUAGGAUUUAGGCAAACCACCUUCAGGAGUCCCUCCAAUCAAAGUCAGAAAGCAGCACCUUUCGUGACUUCUGUGUUUGUGAUUUUGGAGAAGGAAAAAACGAGGAGAAGAAGAUGAACGUUUGACGAAAAGUUCGGCUGCAGAAGACUUUUUAUAGUGGAAACGGCAGUUCUCUUUCGAAGGGUUACGUCGUUUCACAAAAGUCAAAAUUAAAUAAUUAUCCGGAUUAAUUAAUUAAAAUAAUUCCGGUAAUUAAUUAGCCGAAAAAUCAUCCUGGUAAUUAAUUAUCUGGAUCAAAUUAAAUAGCUCACACUUUUUCCAAAAGCCCACUAACCACUUUAUCGAAUAACUAAAGUGAAAAGCAAACUGAAAAACAACUUAUACUUUCCUUCUCCCACCAAUGUGGUAUUUCCUUUACUCUUUGACCACUCUAACAUUAGAUCCUAAACCAGUUGUAGAAAGUUGGAGUGCAUAGUGCAUACUAAUAUCUAGUUGACAAUUUGACAUUUGUAGUGCUUACUUCUUGUUGAUGUAGGCAGCGAGGAAAAUUUUGAGGGACACAUAGCCCAAAAAUUUAGAUGCCAGUCAGAUGCAGUGGGAGCCUUUUUGUUUGGGCCUUCUUGUGGGUUUUUGUUUCGGGCUUAUGCCCAUAUUCACCUGUUGCCUUUUGUCUCGUUAACCAUAGAGGCAUAGACCCACCAAGAUUUUUUUUUUUUUUACGAAAUAGACCCACCAAGAAGAAACAGGUCGUUUGGAAGUUAAAUGAUGUUGAUGAAUGAUGAAUGAUGAAUGUGAAAUUUUUGCAAUUCAACGUUUCUUACAUAAAAUUUUAGAAUGCAUGCAUUUGAAUGAGUUUAUGGAAUAUCAAAUAGUUAGAAACAGUGUCGGAUACAUAAAUUAAAUAAAUUGACCAAGUAUUGUCAAAUAGUCUUGAGUUUAAAUACUACUACUAGAAUAAAAUUUUAUAAGGUCA